AUGUAUCUACCUACAUGUGACAGAAGCAAAUAUGGCAUGGAGCCUGAUCCGUCGCCAACGUCAGCAAUCUAUGGAGCGGACAGGGGCACCCAGGCAGCGCCAUUCCGACAAGGGAAUGGCUUCGUGCGGGGGAAAUUGGCAUCUCCCCAGACAAGCUGCGAUGUGGCCCUCCCCUUCCUGGGCCUCGUCCAAGCUAAAAUUUGUCCUUGUCCACGUCGUCAAACGGACGCGAAGGGUGCAGAGCCUGGCUUGGUAGAGAGGGGGAUCACGGUGGUUGCUUGUGGCUGCCGUGGUGUUCCUGCAUCUGCCCACCUUAUCUUGCCUGUGUCUGCCUUCUUGUCUGUCGCUCCGGGUAUGAUUCUCAAGUUACCGAAACGCGCGACCUUUGCGUAUCUGCAUUAUGGACUUGGACGGGCAAAAGUGGCCAAUCAAGCUAACAGAGUUCGCAUAAUCACCAAGUCGCCCAGAUCCCUCUACGGAAGCAGAGACAACACGAUUGGGAUGGCGUCUUCAAUGGCCUUUACGAAGUGGUAUCAAGGUGUUCUAGAUGUCCAAUAUCAUCCCGCAUGUGGCAAUGUGGCCUUGGUCAAGCAAGGCCAGGAACCAUCAUCAUCUUCUCAAUUAACUUUGCAGAGUCUAGAAGCCCCCAAAACCUACUUCACCAGGAACCAUGGCCAGAGAGAUGCUCCCGCCAUUGUCCCCAGUCACCCCGGAUUUGGCCUGGAAAGUGGAAAGGAGGAGAGAAAUUUGAUCCCAGCUACGGAGAAUUCUCCAUUUCCGAGAGCAAUUGACUCAAUAAUACAUUCAUGGGAUUCAACGCUUAUUGAAGCGCAGCGCCAUCUUCCCAACACUGCAAAGCCCAUGUCCAUCUGCAUCAUGCCACUCCCCUGA